AUGUCCACUGCACUGGAGGAUGCCAUGAACACCUUCAUCAGGAUUUUUCAUCACUACUCUGGCAAAGAAGGUGACAGAUACAAGCUGAGCAAAAGAGAACUCAAGGAACUCCUCACCAGGGAGCUCACUGACUUCCUUUCUGGCCAAAAUGAUCCUCAUCUUGUUGAUAAGAUUAUGAAUGAUCUGGAUUCCAAUAAAGACAACGAAGUGGAUUUUAAUGAGUUUAUGACUCUGGUUGCAACUCUGACUGUGGCUUGUAAUGAUUUCUUUGAAGAACAGCUAGAAAAAGGAUUUUAA